CUGCGCCCAUCAAGGGGGCAAUUUGGUGUUGAAGUGCAUUUCACUCCAAGAUUGAAUGGCUGGCUACGGAAGUCGAGACUAUGGAUGUGACCCGGACCAUGGCCGCGAUAGAUAUUGCUAUCGAGAUGACCGCCGCAAGGGAAGAUCCGAUGGAGAGCGUGACCGAAAUAGAGAUGGAGAGAGAGACCGCUUUGAGGGAGGACAUACACAAGGUCGCGAUUACUCACAUGGCUACUCCCAUGGAGACUCAGCCCGCCGAUUUGUUCCUGUUUGUUAUAACUGCGCCGAACCGGGGCAUUAUAAAAAUCAAUCCCCACGACUAGUGGGUGAAAGCAGUUAUGGUGCUGGCGGUCAACGAGGACAAUCUUUUUCCCUAAGUCAGCAUGCGAAGACUGGCACACGAAGGUCUGCAUCAGAAGAGCCGAUCAUCACGAAGGAAUUGGAAGAACUCAAGAGUACGCUGGCGAACGUGAAGGCCUACAUCGACGCAGAACAAGCCCGUAAGGAUGAAGCAAAAUUGGCGAAGAAGGAGAAAGGGCUUCGCAGACAAGAACAAAGAGAACGUGAGCAGAAGGAGGAGGAAGAAUGUCAACUCAAGGCAAGGCGCGCUAAGAAGAAGGAAGAGAAGAAGCGAAGCGAAUUGGAAGCAAGGGAAGCAAUGCGCAAAGACCUAGGGAUGGAAAUUAGGAAGCAUGUGAGUGGAGUAGCAAAGGAGAUGAAAGAGGUUCUGCUACAAUCGCUACUUACGAAGUCUAAAGGGAAAGCGCAAGUGCUGUCACCGGAGGCAUCUGAAGAACUCGAUGAUAGUGAUGCCGAAGCUCUUAGUGCGCAAGCGGACUGUCGUCAUCGGCCGUUGAAGAGAUCACCAGGAGGCGUUCCACCAGUUCGUGCAUCAUGCAGCAAGAAGAAGAUCUCGGCCACAAUCGGACCUGCAGGUAAACUGAAAUAUGUUGCGGAUAAUUUGCGUGACCUGGGUCAACGCACCGUUGAGAAACUCAAGCAAAUCUGUCGUGACGAAGACGUGUUAUUUUCUGGUGGUAAGAAAAUGGACGCUAUCAUGGCGAUUACCGAAAAGAGAGCGCAGCUGGCCUAUGGAUCCGACGACGAAGACAACGUAGCGGAAGAACUGGAACGAAUCAACAGUAAGUUGUCGCGACGUAUGCGCAACGACUCUGAGCUGAUAUCCAUGUCCUAUGACAUAAAGGAUACGUUCAGCAAGCUGCCUCAUGAGGAGAUUAUUAUGGUUGUCGAUUGGGUUCUGGACUAUCACUCGCGCAAAGGCCACAAGUCGAUACGAGUGAACACAAGAGGGUUUGCUCUUUGUUUACUGUCACCUUUGUUGUUCCUUUAUAGUUUUUUGUCGGUUUUGCUAACAGACAUAUCCAGGGAAACGAACGAGGCCGAUCAGGCACGGAUGCUGCUUCUGAUCACCGAAGCUAAGCAACGGUCGGAUGCAGUAGCAGCCGCAGCGAAGCAGAAGGCAGAGGACGCCGAGAAGGCACGUCUGUUGGCAAUUGAACAGCAACGCCAACACGACGAGGCAACAACAAAGGCUGCCGAUGAAGAACGAGUUCAAUGUCGCGAGAAGAUAUUCAGCGGAGAGCAAGCUUUGCUCACAAUGGCAGCAGAUUGGCGGGCCGAGGCCGAGAAUGGCAAGAUGGAAGAGACCGAACUUGGUUUCAUCUGGUGCCGGAUUCAUCUGGUGCCGGAUUCCUGCAUGAGAGAAGUCCAGAAAGCCGUCAUGAAACGUGUUAUGGUCGCUGACGAUGUCUUCCGAUACGUCGUGGCUGCAAAUCCAGCCGGUGUGCAAGAGGCGUGCAAGUUCGGGAGUCGUGGCGUAGUACUUGCAAGGGAGAAACCACGCGUACUUACUCAAACGGUCAACGGUCGUGAGGAUGCCGUCGUGCCCGAGGUGGUCGCGGGGAAACGGACCGGUGACGUCCAUGGCAAUGGAGAGGCCGGGUUCCCUUGGGAUAGGCAUCGGGCACAACUCGCCGUAGGGAUUGCAGUUGCGGGGCUUGCUUCAUCGACAAACUUUGUCAGAGUCGCAAUACCGAGUGACAUCGGUAAUGAGGUCGGGCCAUCGGAAUCGUUGCUGAAGUGCAAUAGUGCGAUUGACUCCAAAAUGGCCAGCGAGUUGGGAGUCAUGGUACUCGCCGAGAAGGCGAGUCCGAAGACGAUGGUCUCGUGGGACACACAAUAAGUCCUUGCCUCGCGAGUGGAGGAGCAAGUACCCCGAGGCACAACGUCACAAUGGGCAAUACGAAAUCAACUGCGCGAACAGGU